UAAAUAUCUUAUAAUGGAUACACAGCGUAAUUAUGAAAACUUGGAAUAUGCCAUUGGAUUUGGUAAUCAUGUAGAAACCGAAGCAUUAAAGGGAGCAGUCCCAAAAGGAUAGAAUAGUCCUCAAAAAUGUGCUUACAAUUUGAUAGCUGAAUAAUUUUCGGGCACAGCCUUUACUUUGCCUAGAGCUAGUAAUCAAAAGACUUGGCUAUAUAAAAUUAGACCAAGUGCUGCUCAUAGUCCGUUUGUAGAUGCUCCAGAAUUUGGAAAAUAUGUAAAAAACGAUUUUAUGAAUGAUCAUGGAUUAACCAUCACUCCUAAUCAAUUAAGGUAAAUAUCAAAUUUAUAAUUAUUAGAUGGAAACGAUUACCAUUACCUGAAAAACCUACAACAUUUGCAGAAGGUUUAGUUACUGUUUGUGGAGCAGGUGAUCCAUCUAUUAAAUAAGGAAUUGCCAUUUAUUUAUACGCUGCCAAUAAGAGUAUGACUAACUCUAGUAUGUUUAAUAGCGAUGGAGAUUUCCUUAUAGGUAUAUAAAUAUAUUUAAAUUAGUACCUUGGGAAGGAGAAAUGUUAAUUACAACAGAAAUGGGUAAAUUGACUGUGAAACCAAGAGAAAUAUGUGUCAUUCCUCGAGGAAUUAAGUUUAGUGUAGAAAUGACUAAGCCAAUUAGAGGAUAUAUAUGUGAAGUAUUCAAAGGUCAUUUUAAAAUCCCAGAUUUGGGACCUAUUGGAGCUAAUGGUUUAGCAAACCCUAGAGAUUUCUUGGUUCCUGUUGCAUUUUAUGAAAAUACUGAAGAAGAAUUCUAAAUUAUCAAUAAAUAUCUAGGAAAAUUCUACAAAUGUACAAAGAAAGGAUCUCCUUAUGAUGUCGUAGGAUGGCAUGGAAACUAUUAUCCUUAUAAAUAUAAUUUAGAUCUUUUUAAUGCAAUGGGAACUGUUACAUAUGAUCAUCCUGAUCCAUCUAUAUUUACAGUAAUAACAUGUUAAACUGAUGAGCCAGGGUAUUAAUUUAUAUAUUUAUCAAAGAGUUGCAGUUUGUGAUUUUGCUAUAUUUCCACCAAGAUGGAUGGUUGCUGAACAUACUUUUAGACCACCUUAUUACCAUAGAAAUGUAAUGAGUGAAUAUAUGGGAAAUAUUUCUGGUGCAUAUGAUGCCAAAGAAGAGGGCUUCUAACCAGGAUAUGGUUCAUUACAUAGUAUUUUAUAAGGGCAUGGACCUGAUCAUGAAUCAUUUACUAAAUGGUCCAAUAUUGACUUACAAGUAUAUCAUCUAAUUUAUUCUUUAGCCUAUUAGAUAUCCUUAUGAAAAUUUGGCAUUUAUGUUUGAAAGCACAUACAUGUUUAAGACAUGCUCAUUUGUUAUGGAUGAUUAAGUAAAUCUUGAUCAUGACUAUUACCAUGUAAUUUAUUCAUCUAUAUAUAUUUAAGUGUUGGGAUAAAUUGGCAAAUAACAAAUUAGGAGAUAAACCUUGAUAAUUAUGUAUAUCAUCC